AUGAUGCUCAAGUCUCUCGUCGCUCUUGCGACCGCUCAGCUGGCUGUCGGCCAGGAGCUGAUGCGCUUCGGAUGCUCUCAGCUCACGCUGGACCGCAUCGACCCGCUCGUCAACCCCGGUGCCCUCCCGGCUCCUCAUAUGCACCAGGUCAUCGGCGGUAACUCGUUCAACGCUACCAUGGACCCCGCCAGCCUCGACCCACCCCGAGACUCGUCCUGCACAACUUGCACGUUCGCCGAGGAUUUCUCUAACUACUGGACUCCCAACCUCUACUUCCGUGCCCGCAAUGGAACCUUCAAGCACGUUCCCAUCUUUGCCAAUCUUGGUCUCGGACAGAUCCAGGGAGGCAUGACCGUGUACUACAUCCGAGGCUACAGGGCUUCGGACAAGGUCACGACCUUCAAGCCCGGCUUCCGCAUGCUCGUGGGCGAUGCUGCCAACCGAGACCCCAAGAAGGUCCCCCGCCAGCUCUGCUACCGAUGCGAGCACAACUACCAGCAAUCGCCCUUCGGCGGCGCUCCUUGCACUGGCAGCGACACCACCACUUUCCCCAAGGAGGCCUGCGGCGGUGGCUGGCGUGUGACCAUCACUUUCCCCACUUGCUGGGACGGCAAGACCCUCGACACCCCUAACCACCAGGACCACGUUACGUAUACCUCUUCGGGUUCCUUCGAGACCGGUGGCCCCUGCCCGGCCUCCCACCCCGUCAAGAUCCCGCAGGUCAUGUACGAGAUCAUGUUCGACACCGCUCAGUUCAACGACCCCAACGACUGGCCCGAGGAUGGCUCCCAGCCCUUCGUCUGGGCCAUGGGAGACACCACUGGCGCUGGUAUCCACGGUGACUACCUCUUCGGCUGGAAGGGCGAUGCUCUCCAGAGGGCUAUGGACUCCAAGUGCAACGGUGUCAACUGCCCCGGUAUGGAGAGGCAGUCCGUCGACGUCUCCAACCAGUGCGCCAAGGGCCAGAUGGCCGCCGAGCCCGUUGGUGAUGAUGGCUGGCUCACUUCCCUCCCUGGCAACUGGGAGCUCUCUUAA